CAGUCAGUCCAGGAAGACCAGCAGCUCCGAAGACGCGCUCUUCACGCAGCUUCAUGGACGCCCCCGCCGCGCGUGCUGCUGUCAGCUCUAGCUCGGCGAAAACGGGGCCUUCAGCCGCCAAGAAGACGCGAAACCGCAAGAAAAAAGGUCGUAGGGCGGCUCCUGCGCCCCCAGCAGCUCCUGCACCCGCGGCGACCUCGUCGUCGAGUCCUGAAGCUCUGGAGGCAGCCGAAUCCGACUCCUUACGGAGCGCGGAGGGCUCCACUUCAACAGCGCGUCGCUCCUUUUCGCCACUCAGUGGCAGUAGUAGUCAACGAUACAGCAGUGAAGAGGAAGGUGCGAAGGAAUAUGAAGAGGACGAGUAUUCGUCCGAGAGCGAGGAGGAAGGUGAGAGCAGCUACAAACCUGGAGGCUACCACCGUGUACUGGCGGGUGAAGUGUACAAUUCGAGGUUUGAGGUGCUAGAAAAGCUCGGCUGGGGGCAUUUCUCCACAGUGUGGAAGUGUCUGGACCGAGAGACGGGGGCUCUGGUGGCCAUGAAGGUACAAAAGAGCGCACGCCACUACACUGAAGCAGCCAAGGACGAGAUUGAGCUGCUGGAGUGUACAGUACAUGCCGCACGGACUCAAUUUGAGUCCACGGAACAACAGGAAGCCAUUAAGGUGAUUCGACUUGUGGACUCAUUCGAACACAAAGGACCCAAUGGUGUGCACGUCUGCAUGGUGUUUGAGAUGAUGGGGGAUAAUCUAUUGACUCUCAUCAAGUACUACAACUACCGAGGAGUGCCCAUGCAGCUUGUGCAGCGUCUUACAAGAGACAUUAUGGAAGGACUGGCCUUUCUGCACGACAAGUGUCAGAUUAUUCACACUGAUCUCAAGCCGGAGAACGUGUUACUCUCGCAUCAAAUCCCACAGCUCCCGAAGAUUCGCAAGGCGCAAUGGGAAGCAUUCCGUGCAAUGCGUCAAAAGACCCAAGGCGGAGGAACUACUAGCAACAAUGCUGGCUCCUCUGGUGGCGCGAAAAUGUCGAAAGAAGAGAAGAAGCGACUGAAGAAUCGGCUCAAGAAGAAGCGCCAGAAGCAGAGAAAACAGGGUGCAGCAGUAGAUGGAGAGGCUUCGGUGGACGAGAGCGCCGAUAAUGGCAAGAUGGACAGCACUGCUCGCCCCACACUCACCAGCAACACUGUGGACACACUGAGCAACAAUUUGUCGCAGCUUGCGAUCUCCGCGACUAUCAAAAAGAAUGAGCCAGCUGACGGCGCUUUCGUGUCGAAUUUCGCAGAACUUUCAGCUGACAUCGACUCGUCGGACUCAACACGGACAUGGUACUACCAAGUCGGACAGCUUGGCGACGAAGAAGACAAAGAUUGGAUACAUUUGCCUCCAGAAUUCGCUGCGAGAGUGAUGCUGCUUCUCCCUGAGGGUCGUGUGGCUGGAUCAAAGAGGAAAGAGCGCGAGUUCACUUUGAGUGUGUCCACUAAGCCGUCAGUUGACAGCGAAGAAGAAGUGGUGGACACGUCGUUCGCUCUGAGGUAUGUGGAUCACGUGGAUGACGACGUGAUGAGCUCGAUUGAAGCCAAGAUGCUAGAGAUCCGUGAAGACUGCUCUUCACAGAAUUCUGGCUCAGCAACGAAGGUGAAGUACCGGCUCUGGAGACUGGAAUUCGACGCCAGAUAUACACACGCUGUGCUAGACUACUUGGAACACCGAAUUGAGGGUCUUCGCUUCUUGAACCUGUCGACUUCUUCUGGUAUCGCACUACCUGGAUUCUUCCUCCCGAAGCCACCAAGCAACGAAGAUAUUAAGACUGCAGCGAAGAAGACAAAGAAACCUGAGCACGAUGACGUUCAAGUAGACGUCGUGAUACAGGGGAUCAUGCUCCUGCCUCGGAUGGGAUCAGAAGACAAGAUGAGUCUGGAAGUCAAGCCCUUACAACAACGUCUUGGUCGCUGGGCUGCGCGCUUUAAUAAACUGGCAAAGAGCGAGGUGUUCAAUCUCAUGAAACUUGACGCCAAGAUCUGCGAUCUGGGAAAUGCUUGCUGGACUUCGAAGCACUUUACGAACGACAUCCAGACGCGUCAGUACCGAUGCCCUGAGGUCAUACUGGGCAAACGCUACGACACUUCGGCAGAUAUCUGGUCCAUGGCUUGUUUUGUCUUCGAGUUGUUGACUGGAGACCUGCUGUUUAACCCCAAGAGUGGACGCAACUUUAAUCGGGACGAGGAUCAUCUGGCGCAGAUGAUUGAGCUGCUUGGUCGCAUGCCCAAGUCGUAUACGGGGUCUCAGCGAGGCUUACGAGAGUUCUUCAACCGCAAGGGCGACUUGAAGCGUAUCCGCAGUCUCAAGUUCUGGAGCUUGCAGCAAGUGCUGGUCGAAAAGUACCACUUCUCACGUCAGGACGCAGAGUGUCUUGCAUCGUUUCUGGGUCCGAUGCUGCGGUACGACCCCGCGAAACGGGCUACAGCUCAAGACUGCCUCGCACACCCAUGGCUGGCACAUGUGGAUGAUGAAGAGGAACUCGCUGACGACAAGAAAGAUCGGGAAUAG